AUGUCAUCAACAAGACCGAGACGAUCCGCUGCUGCCCAAGUUUCGUCUACAAGCACAGCGGCUGCUGCUGCUGCCGAGUCGAGCACUUUGUCUCGGAGGAAAAGUACACGAGGAUUGAAAGCCGAGCCUGACCCGGAGCCAAAGAUACAAGAUGAUGAAGAUGAACAUACGGAGCUAGAGGGAGUUGUGGACGCAGACGAAGAAGAGGAGACGCCCCGAGCUGGACCCUCGCGAGUAUCGUCUCGAACUUCCCGUGCCGCCGCUUCAAUCCAACGGACUGCAUCGACGUCCACUCGUUCGGCUCGUGGUAGAAGUGGGAAACAAGUCAAGGCUGAGACGCCCGAUAUGGAUGAUGAUGAGAGGGAUGAUGUUCCUCAGACUCCGAGUAAGAGGACAAGGUUGAAGAAGAGCGUGGGCUAUAAGGAGAUCCCGGUCGAUGCGGAUGAAGAGGAUGAGGUGGAAGAUGAUGAUGAUGAAGGGGAUGAGGUCGAAGACGAACCAGAAGCAGAAGAUCAUUCAGGACGUCGCCGAUCGCUGAGAGCUCCAUCUACACCUCAAUCCAAAGCUCCAACUCACGCCAAAUCGCCAGAUAAAUCGCUCGAAAAGAUCGGUUCUGGUCGAGGUGGAUUCUCAGUCAAAGGAGCCGCAUCAGCAGCUGCAAAAGCGAGAUGGGCGAAAGUUCGACGAGAGAAAGCGGAACGUGGUGACGAUGAUGAUGAUGAUCGGGCCAGGCGGAGAGCAGGAGGACCCAGGCAGAGUGCAGCGGCGUUAGAAACUUACGAGAUCGGGUCUACCAUCAAUCUCAAGGGCAUCGACUAUACGCUUGGAGAUGACGAGGUAGAGCUGCCGGAUAACGAAAAAGGGGAUGCAAAGAUUGACUCUCUCGGACGACUCACAGGAGGACGCGAAUGGAAAGUCCACACGUUCAAUUCACCUACACGACGAAAUCCUGACCGAGUGUACGGCCUCACCAUCGACGUCGCUCGAGCGUGUGGGUACUCUGAUUCCCUCGCCUUUCUUCGUCGAUGUCCCCAAAUCUUGAAAUUGAGCUGUAAUGCCGAGGAGCGGGAGAUGCUGAUCAAUAUUGGACGUGUCCCUGGGAAUCUCAAGAAUAGAAUGGUCACCAUCGUGACUAUGCGGAACGUGUACAAGCUCAUGGGCGCGAGAUUGAUCAAGAAUGGCAGGUGGGUCACCGAUGAUUACGACGAGGAAGAUGCACUGGCCAAAUGCGAGGAAAAUGGAUGGACACCUCAUGGUCCGGCACACGAGGAUGAAAUCGUUGCCAAUGCCGUCUCGACCCUUCAACCCGUUGGUCGACCAUCGACCUCCUUUCUCACCAGUGGCAUCGACGCCUCCACUGCUAGGGCAGUUGCGUUGACUCCAUUUUACACUGUUGGAGGUCCGACGACUCAAUUUGGAGGAUCCGGUCUUGACCCGUGGUCUGAUGCUGGCUGGGGAGGGAAACGAACCAAAUUGCGGAGUAUAGGUGUAAGCGAGGACGAUUGGAUGUUACGCACUGCAGAAGAGAGCAGGGCCAUCGACAAGCAGCUCAGAGAAUACAGAGAGGAGAGGCUCAAAGUGCUGCAAGGUGUUGACGCGACGACGGGAUGGGUCUACGCCAUGGAGAAUCGGGAUGGGGAAUCGUCACUGGUAAAUGCACAGGGUCUUUCUCAAAAUAAAGGCCAUGCACAUGCGAAUGGAAACGGCCAUCUCCUUCGGCCGCCGAUACAGGGACGUAAAAGGAGUGCACUGGCGCAAGAGAUUACCAUGGAAAGUGACGAGGAGGAGGACAAUGAGGAGCAGUAUAGAGAUGGGGCCGGAGGAGAAGAGGAUGAAGAUGAAGAAAUGAACAGUGAUCCGAGUGCGACGGAGUCAGAGCAACUCUCAGAAACAGGUGAUCAUCAUGUGGACGAUCGUGUGGAUCGGACGCCAGGUGGGAAGAUUAUCGUGGAAAGCCAAGAGACGACCGCUGGGUAUAAUCAAAAGUAUAAUUGGGGAUUGGGACAUUGGGAACCAGGUAUCAUUCGAGCCGUCUACGAGCCUCACACGCAUUUGCCUCACGUCCCGAGCCAUACGCAGCCCUCCUCAUCUCUCUUCGACCGACUUUCGCCGUUCCCCAUUAUAGCCUCGAGAUCCGACUCGGCAUACAGGAAUUUUGUACAAAGCAGUAUCAGUGGAUCAGCAGCGAAAGGUCUGGCAAGUAUCGAACAUGUGUUUGAAGCUAGUCGAGAGGAUCGAUUGGUCGGCACCCUUUCGACAGAUCCUGACGCGGCAUUGGAACUGGCAUUCAUGCGGACAAAAGAGGAGGAGGCUGCGAAACGGUCAAGAGAGGUGCUGGAGGCUGAAAGGUGGGAGGUGGAGAGAAGGCAGAAGCGCAAGUUGGCCAGAGCAGCUGCAGAGACAGACGCAGCUGCUGCGGCGACGACGACGACGAUCGCAGACGCCUCUAUAAAUGGCCUCGUGUAA